AUGAGCAGCUUCACCAACACCACCACAACCUUCCUCCAUGCCCAAAUCACCAAACCCCAAAACUACCUCUGCAAAAUCUCACUCCCAUCCAUCAAAGCCUCACUUCCAGGAGCAGGAGAAGAAGAAAACAAUGCCACAAGUCGAAGAAAAAUUGUGACAACAUUUUUAGGCACUUCCUUGGCACUUGGGGUGCACCAACAUGGCAUUGCCACCCCACUUGGACUAGCCGAGAAUUGGGGCACUCGUUCGUUUAUAAGGGAACGUUUUUUUGAGCCCGGAUUGUCUCCAGAAGAUGCAGUGGCUAGAAUUAAGCAAACAGCUGAAGGGCUGCACAGCAUGAGGGACAUGUUGGAGGCCAUGGCUUGGAGGUAUGUCAUAUUUUACAUUCGCCUAAAGUCGGCCUAUCUUUCUCAGGAUCUGAAAAAUGCGGCAACUCUGGUGCCAGAUGUUCGCCGUCAAGAGUAUGUUAAGACGGCCAAUGAGUUGGUGAAUAACAUGACAGAGUUUGAUUAUUAUGUUCGAACGCCAAAGGUGUAUGAAUCGUACCUAUACUACGAGAAGACAUUGAAAUCAAUAGAUGAUCUGGUGGCGAUGUUGGCCUAG